UGUUCCUUUUCAUUAUCAUUUUCGUUCUUUUCUUUCAGUUUUUUUCUUCUUCUGUGAAUUUAUUAUCAAUGGCGUUUAAGAAAACGCUUGCACAACGGUUAUUUAAUAUAACCAAAAUCUCAUCACAAAAUCUCACGAAUUGUCGCAUUUCAUCUUCCUCCGUCAGUGUUUCAAAAUCCGAAUCUGACAUUUCUUCAGAACCAGGCGAAAAUGGCGCAUUCAAGAGAUUCAUUCACAAAAGAACCGGUUUAGAACCGAAACAAACCGGUUUCAAAUCAGAGCUUCAUCAACCAAACCUGAUGGAGAAGCUGAAAACAAUGGACAAUGGUAGGAAUCGUAUUCGGUUGGAUGGAUUGAUCAUCAAAACGCCGGCGGAGAAACCGGCGAUGCCGAAGGAGGAUGGUGUUAGCGUCAGUGAUGUGAAGAAAUUGUUGAAGGUGGCGCAAUUAGAGAUGGUGAAAUCAAGGCUGAGAGAAUCAUCAAAGAGUUGUGUAACGGUUUCGGAGUUGAUUAGGAUUUGUUCUGAAUAUUGUUCCGAUCAUGAUCAAGCGGUUAAGAUUGUGAAAAUGCUUGAUGAUUCUGCGGCUGUGAUUAUUCUAGGAGAUGUUGUUUUUCUUAGACCUGAACAGGUAGCCAAAACACUCCAAAGUCUGCUUCCUACACCGGGAAUAAAGGUGUCAGAUUCAGUAAGAAAAGAAUAUGAAGAAAUGGAGAAAAAGAAGUUGGCCAUAGAUGAAGAAGCCGAAGCCUUGGUUGAUCGUGAACUUUGGGGAGGUUUGGGUUUCAUUAUGGUGAAAACAGCAGUAUUAAUGAGACUCACCUUUUGGGAGCUUACUUGGGAUGUAAUGGAACCCAUUUGCUUCUAUUUAACAUCCAUGUACUUCAUGACUGGUUAUACAUUCUUCCUCAAGACCGGGAAAGAACCUUCUUUUAGAGGUUUUUACGAAGCUCGUUUCAGCUCGAAGCAGAAGCGCCUUAUGAAGCUUCACAAUUUUGACAUUGAAAAGUACAAUAAGCUUAGCAACGUUUGUUCUCCCAAUGCUCCUCCUAUGUUUGAUUCCUCCACUGCUCUCACAUCUGGAAAUUCUUUACAUCACUGAUAUAGUGACCUAAAACAAAAAUAAAAAUGUAGCAGGUUAUAAGACCUUAGCUACAUAUUCUUGUUCCAUUGACAUUAGAAUACAACAAAUACUUGCCCCAUUGAAAAACAAAUUUGGGGUUUUUUUGACUGAAAUUUUUGGGUUUAAAAUCCCCUAUAUUUUGUAUUAGAUGUAUACAUGCUAACAUUGUGUUAGAAUUAGACGCGGACGAAUGCAGAGUGUUUAUUCCAAAAUUUCUUUUGUAAAAUGUCACAUAAAUAAAUACAUUACAUCUUGAGAAACCAAAGUUUCAUUACAAAUUAA